AUGAGUACACCUGUUCUUACUCCAAUGGGGUUGCCAUACCCUAUUACUGUAGAUGAGUUGAUGGUGCCCAUAGGUAGCUAUGUGGAAAAAGGUCAACGUUUGUUUGCAUAUAAGUUUUGGUAUAUGGUUGAGAUUGCCAAUUCACCAGACGAUAACGACAUAGAUUAUGAAGGACCAGAGAUUGAAAAAUCUAAAAGAAAAGUCAGGGAGUCAAUCGAAUUCUAUGAGGCACCUUUUGAAGGCGACCUUUUAUCCUGGAACGUUGAUGAGAAAGAUGAAAUUGCUGGCCCAAAUAUGGCUGUAUGUGAAAUAAAAAGACCUUGUAACCAUGAUAUAGUUUAUGGUGGCCUUUGUACAAUGUGUGGAAAGGAAGUCGAUGAGUAUGACCAAGUGGAUGCAAACCUGACCAUUUCACAUACUGACACAAAUCUGCGAGUCAGCAGAAAGGAAGCUAUAGACUUAGAUAAACAGAUAACUACCCGGUUAAAGAAUGAAAAAAAAUUAGUAUUGGUAGUUGAUUUAGACCAAACUGUAAUCCAUUGUGGUGUGGACCCAACAAUAGGCGAGUGGAAAGCCGACCCUUCCAAUCCAAACUACGAAACGUUAAAAGAUGUCAAAUGCUUCUCAUUAGAAGAGGAACCAAUUUUACCACUAAUAUAUAUGGGACCAAAACCACCAGUACGAACAUGUUGGUACUAUGUUAAGAUCAGACCAGGGUUGAAGGAAUUCUUUGAGAAAAUCGCGCCUUUAUACGAGAUGCAUAUAUAUACAAUGGCUACCAGAGCAUAUGCUUUAGAGAUUGCCAAGAUAAUAGAUCCAGAUAAAUCUCUUUUCGGCGAUAGAAUACUUUCUAGAGAUGAAAAUGGCUCAUUAACACAGAAGUCGUUAACUAGACUUUUUCCAACUGACCAGUCUAUGGUUGUUGUAAUAGACGAUAGAGGUGAUGUUUGGAAUUGGUGUCCAAAUUUAAUUAAAGUUGUGCCUUAUAACUUUUUUGUGGGCGUUGGAGAUAUUAAUUCCAACUUCCUACCGAAGCAGCAAACUACCAUGCUACAAUUAGGGAGACGAACACGCCAAAAAAUCAAAGAGUCAGAGGAGUUAUUGACAGAUAUUAUGGAUACAGAAAAAAAACUACAGGAAAAAAUUGAUGAAGAAGUUAAAAGGCAAGAAGAAAAGCUAAAUCACCAAAUGGCCACCGCUGAAGAAAGCACCGACCAAGAAUCCAAGGAAAAGAUAGCUAAGAAGCUUGAAUUCUCCGCGUCAUUGGAAGUCCAGCAACAAAAUAGACCUUUAGCAAAACUCCAGAAACACUUACACGAUCAACGUUUACUGAUCGAUGAUGAUGAUGAAUUGUUUUAUUUGAAAGAUACUCUGGCAUACAUACAUAAGGAAUUCUACCAUUUAUUGGAAGAUGCUAGUGACCAAAAUGAAGCCGAUAUUACCAUGUUACUUCCUAAGUUAAAGAAAAAAGUAUUCAAAGAAUGUCAUUUCGUUUUUUCUGGUUUGAUUCCAUUGGGUACUGACAUCAAAAGGGCGGAUAUAGUUAUCUGGACCAGUCUUUUUGGUGCUGAAAGUACAUCUGAUAUAGAUGAACACACAACUCAUGUAGUCACUAAGACUCCGGGCACCUACAAAGCACGGCUCGCAAAAGCAUUUAACCCCGAUAUCAAAGUUGUACACCCAGAUUGGAUUUUUGAAUGUCUGGCAUCAUGGAAGCGCAUUGAUGAAAAACCAUACUUGUUAAUAGUUGAGCAACCUGUUUCAGAAGAUGAAUUGAUUGAAUUCAAAAAGAAGCUAGAACAAAAGAAAAAGAAGUUAGAGGAAUUAGAAAUUGAAGAGGAGGAAGAGCUCAAUGAGAGGGCUAAUCAAAUGGAACCUACAAUGCCAUUAUUUGGUGGAGAUACUUCAUGGCUUAACGACGAUGAGGAUGAGGUUGAAUUUGGCUCAGAUGAUGAUAACUCAGAUGAAGAUAGCCUUAUAUCAGAAGACACUGAUAAUGGCUUGGCCGCAAAUGGUAAUUCUUCUGAAUCUUCAAUAACAAACAAAGUUCCUGAGGCCACAGAAGAUGUACUAAACAAUCCAUCGGAUACCCAAAAUGAAGAGGAUCAAAUUCCAAACGGUAAUGGUAAUCAUCUUCCAAAGAGGCCAAUCGAUGAUGUAUCUGAAAACGCUCACGAGAUGGCAAGUAAGAAACAACUAACUUCAAAAGAUGAUGACAGAUCUAGUGAUGUUGAAUCAGAUUUUGAAGAAGAUCUUCUGAAUGCUCUAGAUGAUUAG